AUGAUGAAGAGAUUGGAGCAUUAUAAAAAGUACAGAAAACAGACCUCUGGAUCGGAUUCCUAUGAUACAACAACAUCUGCUGACGACCUUGAAGGCUUUGAAGAGGAGUUGGCGAAGGCUCUUUCGCCGGUGAACAGUACCCCAAAUACACUGAAAAAGAGAGGAAUGACAAGACGAGAUUCAUCACCUUCAUCUCAAAAUCAACCUGUGGAUAUGACACGCCGAUCAUCAUCACCAACAGUAGUUGCGUCCAUAGCAUCUCCAAACAUUACAACACCUUCAAGCCCAUCCCAGAAGAGAGUAAUGAGAUCUAACAAGAGCAGUAGAGACUCCUCUCCUUCUCUAAAAUCACUCAAGCAAACCUAUGACAACAACAAACAAAAACAAGACGAGGAAAUGCAAGGUAUUUUAGAAAAAUUAAAGCAAGAGGCAGAGGAGAGGCAUUUACAGCUCAUAAACCAGAAGGAGAUGGAAAAAGCUGAGAUUGAACAACGUAUCAUGAAAAAAGCUGAAGAAAUCAUAUCUAAACAUAAAGAACAGUCUCAAAGAGCUCAAGAAGAAGUGUACAAAAAAGCUGAAGAGCUUAUGAACAAGUACCGAGACAUGGCAGCCACAGCAGGAAAAGAGGUUGAAAAGUUGAAAGACGAGCUGGUUGCAGUAAAACUUGAGAAGGAUAGAGAAUGCAAUGAGAAAAUUGAUGCUCUAAGAAAGCAACUUGCAGAUGACUAUCAAUCAAAAACUCUAAUGUAUCAGGCCCAAUUAGACGAAUUACAAAAGAAGUUGUAUCAACAAAGGCUUGAGAUGAGCAAGACAACUGAUGAACGAGUUGAAAUGUAUAGAAAAAAAGCUGAGGAGUCUGAAUCCAAGCUUGUUCAGGAACUAUCUCGAUUCCAUGCCACUGAGAUGCAGUUGAGAAGUGAACUUGACUCUCUAAAUAAGGCACUACCUCUGAUGGCUCAACAAAAGGCUGAUGAGCUAAUUCGAGAAUAUAAUCUCAACAUCAAGAAAAAAGAUUUUGUUUUACGUCAAGAGCAGGAGAAUCUUCUUAAUGAAAAAGAAAAAGAAUUGCGACAUGAGUACGAGCAGUUGAAAAAAGACCUUGAGCAGAGUAAACUUGAGUUUGAGGAGAGAAAUACUCUUGAGACAAAACGAAUUCGAGAAAAAUUAGAAAAUGACAAAAGAGUUUUUGAAGAAACGCUCAUGGCUAGGUAUGAAAAGAUGAGAAGUCAGCUCGAGACAGACUUUGAGGUUAAGAAAGAAGAACUUAGACAUAAAGAGCGAAUGUUACGUGAUGAAUUAGAUCGAACAAGACUUGAUUUAGCUCAAAAAGUUAUAGAAGAAAAGAAAGAAUUUGAGAAGGAUAUCUUCAUGAAAACUAAGUUGAUGAUAGGUGAGUUCGAAAAACAACUCGAGAGGAAAGGAGAAGAGCUUGCUGAUGAUCAAAAGAAGCAAAUUUCAAACCUUUCCAGAGAUGCAUUAGACAAGUUGAGACUUGAAAAGGAAGAAAGAUCCAAGUUUGAGCGAGAAGCGGUGGAAAAAGCAAUGGUCAUCAUCAAAGAAUUCGAAGAGAAGAUGAAACUGGAGGCAGAGAGAACAAGUCUUGAGAAAAUUAAAGACUUGGAAGAGCAAACUCGAAGAGAGCGAGACCGUAAUGAAGAAGAGGCAAGAAAACGAAGAGAGUUUGAGCAAGAAGUAAAGAACAAAUUUGAAAAGUACAAGGAGGAUUACAAGAGAGCUCUCGAUAAAGAAUAUGAAGACAAGAAAAGAGAAAUGAUUUUAGAAUAUAAGAGAAGAGAGGACGAUCUCGAAAAGUUGAAACUAGAGCAGAAAGAGAAACUUCAUAACGAAGAAAGAGAAUUACUAAAAAAAGUGGAUACCAUCAAACAUGAAAAGAUACAGGAAUCUAUUAAUCACAUUGAGCAAUUACGAGCAGAACUCUAUGCACAAUGGGAAAAAAUUGCAAAAGAAGAAGGAAAAAGAGUUUUAGAGGAGAAAGACAAGCAUCAACGUGAAAUUGAGGAUAUGAGAUUGAGAUGUGAAGAAAAUAUAAACCAAGCCAAAUUGACAGCUAAAAGAGAGGUUGCUGAAAUGAAGAAAGCUCACCAAGAACUGGAGUCUAAGCUUAAAAGUGACUACGAAGAAAGAGUACAAAAGCUGAAUGACGAAAAGAGAUCUCUCGAAAAAGAGCUUCAAAACAAGCUGAUAGAUAAAAAGAAUGAACUUGAACAACAAUAUAACAAAAAGCUUGAGGAGAUUAAGAAAGGUAUUGAAAGUAGUCUGGAAAAGAAAGAAAGUGACAUUAAGCAAAUGAAGGAAGAGAUUGAAUUUGAUAAGCUAAGCUUUGAACGUAAAAUAAGGGAGGAUUACGAGAAUAGAAUUCGAGAUAUUACUCUUCAAUUUGAAAAGAGGCAGAAAGAGUAUCAAGAUGCCGAAAUUGAGUUGAGAAGAAAGCAUGAACAAGAAAAACACGAACUUCAAAAAUUGCUUGAAGAAGACAAAAUGAAGUACCAAGAUAGAGUGAGACAAGAAACAGACAAGAUCAUCAAAGAAAAGGAAAAACAAAUCAGAGAAGAGAAAGAAAAAAUUCUCAAUCAAGCAGAAGAUAGAGUUCAACAAAUUAGAAAAGAAACCCAACAUGACUUGCUAUCUCAAGAUUCAAAGAUUGGUGAAUUUGAAACCUCAAUUAGAGAAAAUUAUCAAAAGAUAUUUAAAGAGAAAGAACAAUAUUACCUUCAACAGUUGGAUUCCCUUAAACAGACCCUUAAAAAUCAAAGAGAAGAGUACGAAAACAAACUUCACGAAUCGGAGCUACUUCUUAGAAAAGAGAAAGAUGACCUAGAAAAGAUGAUGGCAGACAAAUAUAACAGACUCAUCGAGAAGGUCAAUGAAGACUUUAAACGUGAGUCCCAAAAGAGAAUGCAACAAGAGGUUGAUUUUGAAAGCGACAAGCUCCAACAUGAAAUCAAAUUGAAAAAGCAAUUAGAAGAAGAACGGUCUAAAUUGGAGCAGCGCAUUCAAGAGAAAUUCCUUUUAGCUGCUGAAGAAACAGAAAAACAUUACAACGAUAUCAUUCGAAGCCUCAAGGAGAGAAUUGAAGAAGAGAAAAGGGUAGUUGAAUCAAUGGGAAAACGAGAAAAGGAAUUACAGAAAGCGCACGAAGAAAAAUGUUUAGAGCUGCAAAGGCAGGGAGAGCUCGCCAAAAUGCAAUUUGAAGAGGAGUCAAAACAACGAUAUAAUCAAUUAUUGCAUGAAUACACGAUCAAAGUAAGACAAGAUUUACUCGAAAAAGAAAAGAAAGAAAGAGAAUCUAGACAGAAAGAAGUUCAAGAAUUAAAUGAAAAGGUUGUAAGAAUGGAAGAAGAGAAGAGAAAGUUCGAAAACGAAGCAAGAGAUAGAGCCAUGGAAAUGGUGAAAAAAGUUGAAGGUGAUUCCAAGAAAGAGAAACAAAAGCUUGAAACAUAUUACAAUGAUCUAAUCAAAAAGUUGCAAGAGGAAAAAGUGGCAUACAAGCAAGAACUUGACGAACAGCUAAGACAAAGGGAAAAUGAAAUCAGGAACAACUUCGACACUCUACGUAUUAAAUUAGAAAAAGCCACUGAUAUUCGAGUGCAAGAAGCGCAAGAGACUCUAGAAAAAGAACGAAACCGCUUAUUAAAAGAGGCGAAUGAAAGGCUUGUAAAGGAAAAAGAGGAAAGAAUGCUAUUUGAAAGACGUUUAAGGGAAGAAAUGGAGAAGGAGUUGCAACAGCGAGUGCAACUAGCUAAUAAUUCUCUAAAAUCUCAAUCUGACGAUCUUGACAAGCGAAUGAUGGAACUAGAGACUAAUGAGAGAAACAGAAUCAAGUUUUACGAGGAAAAGCAAAAAGCCUUUGAAGAAGAAAUUCGCGCAAAGUAUAACCUCAUAAUCAGUAAUUACGAGCAAGAUCAUUUAAGGACUGUUGAGAUUUUGAAGAAGGAGAUUGAGGAAGAGCGUGAGUCUUUGGCAAAGAAAAAUAUGGAGAUUCAAAAGCAAUUUGAACUCAACUCUGUUGCAUAUGAAAAAUCAAUUCGAGAAAAUUAUGAUAAGCUCAAACAAGAGCAAGAGCAACGCUAUAAAGAGUUACUGAAAAAUAAGGACACACAAUAUCAAACAGAAAUUGAAGAUUUACGAAGGAUAAAAUCAAAAGAAUUGGAUGUGUUAGAAAGAGAAAAGGUUGAGUACGAAGCAAGGUUGAGAGAAAAGUUUGCAUUACUCGAGAGAGAACUUGAAGGAAAAUAUAUGAGCAUCAUUGAAGAGCUUGAAUCCAGAAAUGCGAAGGAAAAGCAAAAGCUAGAAUUGCAAGUUGAUCAAUUACGCAGUGAUAUAAAGAUGAUGGAUGCACAACGGCUUGAAUAUGAGCAACAAACGAGAAGGAAGUAUGAAGAGAUGUUAGAAAAGGAGAGAAACGAAAUAUUAAAGGACAAAGCAGCAAUGGAAAAGCAGUUCAAGAAGGAAAUUGAUACUCAUACUGAAACUUUUAAUGAAAAGCUGCGAUUACUCGAAAAAUCAAAGUUGGAACAUGAAGAAUCUAUUCGUACUAAAUACAUGAGAAUGGCUGAUGAAAAAGAAAAUCAACUACGUGCAGAUCAUGAGAACCAAAGAUUGUUAGAUCAAAAGAAAUGGUCUGAGAAGCAAGAAGAAUGGAUUCAAAAAGAAAGAGAACUCGAAACUAAGAUGAUGCAGUACGAAGAUCAAAUAAGAAACAAAUAUGAAUUAUUGGUGGCAGAUCAUGUUAAUAAGACUCAAUCCGAAAUGAGAAAGCUCAAGAAUCAGUUGGACGAAGAGAAAGCUCUUAUGUUGCAACAAACAGCAGAAAAGGAGAGAGACCUUAAUGCCAGAUACCAAAAAUAUGAGAGAGAAUGCAAAUCCAACUUUGAAAAAGAAAAGAGAGAGCUUUGGUUGCAUUAUGACAACAUUAUUAAGGAACUCAGGGAAUCAAUUGAAAAAGAAAGGGCAGAAUUGCAAAAAUCAGGUAUUGAAAAGGAGGCAGAGCUUGAGUCUAAGCUAAUUGCCCAUGAGGAUAACAUCAGAAAGCAAUACGAAGAAAGAUAUGUAGAGCUAGAAAAGGUAUUACUUCAAUCCAUGUCUGUACGACAAAAGCACCUUGAAGAAGAGUGGAAUUUACGGUUCCAGAAGGAACAGGAAAGAUUGAAUCUCAAUGAUUUCGCAAGAAUUGAAUUUGAGGAUAAAACUCGUGAAUUCUUCCAAAAUCUAUUCGACAACAAGCAAGCUGCUUUGGAGGUACAAAUGAAUAAUGAGAAGGCCAAACUUGAAAAGGAAAGAGAUCUUCUUAACCAAGCAAUGUCGGACCGAAUGCAAGAAUUGAGGCAAGAAAAUAUGGCUUAUGAAGCUGAAAUCCGAGAGAAGUACAACAAACUUGUUGAAAAGGUUCAAGAUGACAUUUCUAUAAUGCUUAAAGAGCGAAUUGAGGCUGAAAAAAUUGAAUGGCAAACUAGAGAACAAGCAUUUGUUGAGAGGGAAGAAGAAAUGCACAAACAUAGAAUGAAAUCAGAGGAAGAAAUGAGACAAAAAUUCGAGCAGCUUCUUGACUUGGAGAAACAAAAAUCUAGAGAGAUUAUGGAGGCCUUCGAGAAUAAGAUAAACGAAGAGAGAUUCGCAGAAAAGCUGGAGUUAUCAGAAAAAGAGAAACACCUGGAGCAACAUAAGAUUAACUAUGAACAAGUGGUCAGAGAAAAGUACAACAUGAUAAUAGAGAAGGCUCAAAAUGAUUACAAGAAUAUGAUUGUAGAGGCUACCGAUAAAUUCAAUUCGGAGCAUGACAAACUUAUUUCUGAGUUUAUGAAGCGAAAGGAAGAACAAGAUUCACAUUUGUUGUUGCUACAGGAGCAGUACAGAAAGGAGAAUGAGGAUCAAAUCGUAAAAUUCCAAGCUAUGCACCUGGAAGUGCUAAACCAAAAGGAAGAACAAUUUAGAAAUGAACUUCAAAUUGUGAAUGAAGCAAUCAGAGAGAACAUUCUUGCUGCAGAUCUUUCCAGAAUUGAGUACGAGGAGUAUAUGAAGGAAAGAUUCGAGUUUUCUCUUAAGGAAGAGUUACAACGUAUCAAGUUAAUGGAAGACUCUAUUAGGGAAAGAAUGAGGCUUGACUUGGAGGAUAGAGACAGGCUUCGUAUUGAAGAGAAGAAAGCCCUAGACUCUGAAAAAGAACUUUUUGAACAAAGGACAAAGAUUAAAUACGAUAAAUUAUUAGAAGACCAAGAAAAGAGACAUAUGGAACGCCUCUCGCAAAUGCAAGUAUUGGUAGAAGAAGAAAGAGAAAAUUUAGACAAGAGAGAAUUGGAUCGAAAACAACAUCUACGAGAUCAAAUGACAGAAUUUGAGGAUAAAACUAGAAAGAUUUAUGAAGAUAAAAUGAAAAGCCUGGUUGAGGAUUAUGAAGGCAAGCUCCGACAAAAAGAUAAGGACCUGUCAGCAGAGAGGGACAAGCUCAAUGACGAAAUUCGAGAACACGAAACUCGUAUUACCCAAUUAGGACACGAGAUUGAGGAACAAAUGAAACAAAAGUAUGCCAAGCUUCUUGACCAAACAGAACAAAAUAUUAGGCGAGAAUAUUCUAUCACCGAAAUGCAACUCAGGUCAGAUAUGAACAAGAAGUUUGAUGAUUUAGUAAGAGAGGCUGAAAUGAACUCUAGAAUUGAACGUCAAAAGUACGAAGAAGAGCUUCAGGUUAGAUUUGAAUCUAGACUGAAUAGUAUUGACGAGCGAUGGAAGAACGAGAUUAAUAUUCUCAAGAAGAUGCAUGAAGAUGAAAUCAUAAAGAUUCAUAAUGAGUGCCGAGAUCAAAGGCUUGAGGAACAGAAACAAAGAAGUCAAUAUGAACUCUCUGUAAGAGAUCAGUACCAAAAGCAACAAAAAGAAUAUUACGAAGAGCAGCAACUACUUAUUGAUUCUAUUAGGAAAAGUGAAGAAGACCUGAGAAAUCAAUUACAACAACGUAUGGAAAUAGAAAUUGAAAAAGUGAAGGAUUCUAUUCAUGCCGAGAAGAUUGAUAUUGAAAAGAGUUAUGAUAGAAAAGUAGAUGCCAUCAAGAAAUCGUUUGAAUUAGAAGUUGCUGACAUCAAGAAACAAUAUCAAGAAAAGACGUCCAAUAUUGAACUUGGAAAAUUGGAAUAUGAGCAAAAAGUUAAGACGAAAUAUGACAAGCUAAUUGUAGAAAUGCAAGCAGCACUAGAUAAGAAACUCGAAGAAAGAAAUAAGGAAAUUGAAGAAAUUAAGAAGCAAAUACAGCAAGACAGAAUUAUUUAUGAACUUGCUGUUAGGGAGAAAUACAAUGAAUCUCUCAAAGAAAAAGAAAAACAAAUGGAAGACUUAUUAAAAGAAAGAGAAAAGUUACUUUUAGAGGAUGACCAACGACGAAAUCUCUCCUCUCUAGAAAAAGAGAGACGACUCGAACAAAUGAGAAUUGAAAAAGAAGAGGAAAUUAGAAUGAGAUUCGAAAAGCAAACGGAAGAAAUCAGAGAGUACUGCAAGCAUCAAAUCGAAGAAACAAUCAAACAACUUGAAGUUGAACGGGCCAAAAAAGAAGAAACAGAAAAGGAAAUUGUAAAACUGCAACAACUUUUAUCCAGUAUGCAACACAGUAUGGACCUUUGGAAAUUAGAAUAUCACAAAACAACUACCAACAAAUUCAAAAAGCUAAUGACAGAGGUGGAGCUAAAAGCAAAGAGAGAAAUGGAAGAAUUUGCUCGACAACAAUUAGAGGAUCAAGAAAGACUAUUAGCUCAAGAACUCAGACAGAAAGAAGAAGAACUUCGUAAGCAUAAACAAAAAGAAGAGGAACUGCAAUUAAUUGCCAUGGAACACCAACAACACAAGAUUCUAGAAGAACAAAAAGAAAAAGAGCUGUUGAAGGGCAAAGAAAAGCUCGAACAAUACCGUCAACGUUUGUCAGAGCUUUGGGCUGCCCUAGAAACCGAUCCUCAAGCAAAAGUCAAUUUUUUAUGGGAAGUUGAAUGCAAGUCAUCAUUUUCUCAAGAAGUAUUGAUUGCCUUCAAAAACGAAAUUAGCAAACUUACCGAUCAAUUGCCUCUCAUGGAAACCAUCAGUCGAAGAGAAUUCGUGAAACAAAGACUCAAAGAGACAAUCAAAGCCAAAGAUUCCAGGUCCCAUCAAGACCCCAAUCGAAUGAUUAAGGAAGAAAAACAACGUCACGAGCUUGAAAAAGAGCUAAAGAGGAUCAAUGAAGUUCUUUUGCAAACACUCUCAGAAUAUGAGCGCAAGUACAACAUUGAAUUUACUUACAAAGGGAGAAAUUACUUGGAUCUCAUGCAGAAAGAGCAGUAA